AUGAUUAGAUAUGAAAUACUACCUAAUGAGGGACUUAUACACAUCUUAGACAUCCUCACCUUCCUUAAACUUCUUUUAAAUAUAAAACUUUCACUUAAAAUCUAUUAUAGUCCGAUACAACCACGAGCUCAUCCAUUGACUACUCAAUUGGGAGGAGUACAGUAUGCCUCACCUCGCGUACCUCCUCCUGUUCCACAUGAUCUGGCUCAAAAUUUUUUGAAUCAUCAAAAGAAAAGCAAUCCUCACUACGCAAAAAAGCCACCACUUCCUGUCGGAAUACAAAAUCAACCAUUACUAAGUAGAUUUGCAACGAACCAGCAACAAAUGAUUACUCCAACGUUUGCACAAAAUCAACAACAACAAACACAACAUGAUAAAACAACCAUUCCUUUUCAUCAACAAAGUGGACAACUUCUGGCACAUCCACAGCAUAUAUCUGGACAAAAUCAACAAAUACAUCAACAACAUCAAGUUGUAGAUGUCAAUCAUUUCCAUCCAAAAAAUUCACUAAAUCAGCAUCAAGUACAACAUGAUAGAACAAACAUUCCUUACCCUCCAAUAGGUGGACAUACUCAACAACAUGCUGAAACAAACAAUCCUUUCAAUCAAACAUUCGGACAAAUUCAUCAACUACCACAAAAUGUUGAAACAAACAUUCCUUCCUAUCCAAUAAGUGGGCAAAAUCAAGAACAUAUGCAUCAACAACGUGUUGAAACAAACAAUCAUUUCCUGACUGAACAUCGUAGGCUAUCAUUAAUUUUAACUGUAGGAGGUGUUCGUUAUAUUUAUUUGCUUUGCGAAAGGGUUACAAUAACCGUGAUUGAUCACCGUUUAUUGGAACAGUAA